CUGGGAUGGGCAGGUCACGUGGUCGUGGUUUAACGUUACUGAAAUGAGAGACGAAGAAGAAGAGGAGCGAACAAGGUGAUUCGUCGGCUCACUGUGUGUUCAUACCAGGUUUGCAUUCUGACCCGCAAGCCAAUGUAAGUCGUGUUGAGUGACUGCGUGUGAAAGGGACCAUCACCAUCCUCAUGUCCUAUGGAGGAGGCUUUAACGGACGCACUGAGCGUGUCCGCCAGGCGCCACACUAUGACCAGGUCCCUCAGGGCUCCUUACGCCGAGCAGACUCCUACGACCUAGAGCCUCUGAGCGAGCAGAGAGCGGCUCCCCUCGCGCUCAGCGCUGACCCCCUGCCUCCCCCGCCUCUGCCCGACCAGCCUCCUGUGGGCCUGGAGUUCGACCUCAGCGGCAGAGAGUUCGAUGCGGAGGCCGACCCUGACCCCGCCCUCGACAUUAAACCCGUGCACCGCUUCAUCCCGGACUCCUGGAAGGACUUCUUUAGAGGGAGUAACCGCAGCAGCAACAAGCCCUGGCCCAUGUCGGACUCCUCGUGCAACAACAACAACAGUACCAGCGACGGGGUCCGCUGCUCUCCCCCGCACUCCCCCUCGGUUCCUGGGUCGUUCCGGGAUCCAUAUGGAGGCUCAGGCGGCAGCUACAACUCAGGCAAAGAGCUUCUGGAGCUACGGGAGUCCGUAUCCGGACGCACUCAUCACACCGGUCUGACCUACAGCGAGCGGGUGGAGGAGUACCAUCUGCGCUACGCCUACAUGAAGUCGUGGGCGGGGCUGCUGAGGAUUCUGGGCUGCGUGGAGCUCCUGCUGGGAGCCGCCGUGUUCGCCUGCGUCUGCGCCUACAUCCACAAAGACAACGAGUGGUUCAACAUGUUCGGGUACUCGUCUCCCGGAGGGGCGUACGGAGGAGGGCUUUACGGUUCAGGAACAGGAGGGUCGUACUACUCGGGCCCGAAGACCCCGUUUGUGUUGGUGGUGGCGGGGCUGGCCUGGCUGGUGACCGUGAUCGUGUUGGUGCUCGGGAUGACCAUGUACUACCGCACCAUCCUGCUCGACUCCAACUGGUGGCCGCUGACGGAGUUUAUCAUCAACCUGGCGCUGGCUGUGCUCUACAUGGCAGCAGGCAUUGUUUACGUCCGUGACACAACCCGUGGAGGGCUCUGCUCCUACCCGGUCUUCAACAACGGCAUCAACGGGGCGUUCUGCAGAACAGAGGCCGGCCAGACCGCAGCCAUCAUCUUCCUGUUUGUCACACUGGUCGUGUAUCUGAUCGGAGCCGCCGUGUGUCUGAAGCUGUGGAGGCAUGAAGCUAAUCGCAGAUACCGGGAGAAGUACGGCCCGGAGAUGGAUCCCUCUGAGAGGAGAGCUGCACGAUCAUUGCAGAUGAUUCCAGUUUCAGGUCCUGCACUCAGAGCUCCUGAGCAGGUCCAGGGCUCCUCAGUGGUUCCAAUCCAGGCUGCUCCCAGAGCAGUCCCACCAAAAGUUCUGCAGGGAGCGAUACCAUCGGGACACAUCCCAAAACCUGUGAUACUGCCGGACUACAUCAGUAAGUAUCCGUCGAUCCGGUCUGUAGAGGAGCGGGAUCAGUACCGAGCCGUGUUCAACGACCAGUACGCAGAGUACAAGGAGAUCCACGCAGACGUGCAGGUGACGCUCAAGAAGUUUGACGAGAUGGACGCCAUGAUGCGCAGUCUGCCGCAGAACCCCACCAGCCAGAUGGAGGUUGAUCGCAUUAACAGAAUCCUUCAGGAAUACCAGAGGAAGAAGAAUGACCCGACUUUCCUGGAGAAGAAGGAGCGCUGCGAGUACCUAAAGAACAAACUGUCGCACAUCAAACAGAAGAUCCAAGAGUACGAUAAAGUCAUGGAGUGGGAAGACGGAUACAGCUGAGCUUCAAAACCUCUGUAGGAGUCAGAACGCUGGAAAAACCACAGACCACAAAUAACAGAACUCACGUAGACAGCUGACGACUUGUGGUGGUGAAAAUGACAUUUUAACUGGAGAGGGAAACUCGUGCAGGACCACAAGAGCAUGACUGGGAUUGUUUUUUAAACCGCUCUUUCUCUUGAAUCUGUCUGAGAGCAAACGUCUGUCAGCACUUUUUGUUUGUCUGCUUCUGCUUAACAAACACUAAAUUGUGGAAUUUUUUUAAUACGCAUUUUAGGAAAUGCACUCGUUCCCUUUUUUUGGUGCAAUUAUGAAAAAAAAUCAAUACCGCUCACUCAAAUGUCUGAGGGAUGAAGCACCUAGUUGCAAGUUAGCUUAGCUUAGCACAUCUUCUAAACGGGGGGGAAAAUGGCCAACUUCAAGACCUAAAGUCCGCCUAUGAGCACCUGUAAGUUUACAACCAUCAUUAUUGUUCGCACUUCUGCAGUGUUUUUUAAAUCACUUAAACUUUUCACUAUUACACACUAAUAUUUCAGCACAUUUGCAAUUUAAACACUAUCAGCCAGCGAGGGAUAACAGCGCCGUGUUUGUGUGCAUGUCUGAGUGUGUGUGUGUGUGUGUGUGUGUGUGUGUGUGUGUGUGUGUGGAGCUCCGGCUGUUUCUUUACACGCCCUAACACAAUGUGAAGUCACAGACUGAGACGCAAAUAUCACACCGUGUCAGAAUCAAUAUGAAAAUACUAAGGUGUAAUGACAGUGGAGUUUCAUUACCGCCCCUGUGCAAUCACAACAUGCAAAAUGCAGACUCCAUUUUUUUCUGCUGUGUUUCAAGCUUGUGUUACUUUCAGUUUUUUUUUUUUUUUUUUUUUGCACCUUGAUGCUGAUCCAAACAAAGAACUCUGCGGACUUCACCUUCACCCCUUCAGGUCAAACAUAAAAAGAGUGUCCAUACGUCUAGAAAUGCACAUACAUGUUUGGCUCUUAUUUGAUUUGUGUUUAGAUUUUUGGGUGUAAACAUUUAAGUUAGUCGUGCUGAUAUGAGCAAUCCACAACCAUCAGCUGUUUUCACACUUACACUUACAAAAAAAAUCACCUCGCUUAACAGUGUGCACAAACAUAAAAAAUAAGCUGCAGAGACCAAAAACUGUUUUUUCCAGCAGGCUGUUAAUAUGUUUAUUUCUACUGUAAAAGAGGGCAUUUUAAUAUGGGACCUAACUGGGAUUCCUUCACUUUUGGAGGCAGCCUCUAGUGGACACUCGAGGAACUGCAUUGUGCGUUGCACUUCUAUAUUGUACUCAUUUUUCAGCACGGAGAGGUUGACGCUCCACCAAUGCUUACAAACUCCCGUCUGUAGCUUUCAGAGUGGUACUGAUUUUUUUCAUCUUAAACGAACAUGUGCAUUUCCCAGAAUGUGUCACUUUUGCUUUUAUUUUAAACGGUCCAUAAAUAUGUAAAUAACUCAAAGAAUAUGCUGUAUAUGUGUGAUACUGUGACUCUCUGAUUGUAGCUCCUGCUUUAUUUCACUAAUGACACUGGUAUCCGAUGUGAAUGUUUGACAGAAAUCACUGGGAGAUUUUAAUUCAGAGGAGACGCUUCGGGGAUAACUUCUGAAAAUGUUUACCUCCGCUUAAACUCCAAAAGAGACUUCACUUUCUGUCAGGCUUGUCUGCAUGAAUUUCAAAACAAAAAAACACUACGUACCUAAAGAAUCUAGCUCUUUUCUUCAACUGCUGUGAUAACUGUCUCGACUGUUUUAAUUGCACCUUCUCUUUUUUAUGCAUGUCUUUGUAGUAGAAUUUAAAUGUAUGUUAUGUGUGUGUGCUGUAACUUUUUGUCCGACAAUUUCAUAGAUUAAAGAUUUUCUACUUUACAGACACUUACAUUUCCUAAGUGCCCAAAUAUAUUCUUUAUAUUUCUUUUUUUUCCAAACACGUUGGACCUCGAGAUUGAAUUGAAAAUUACAUUUAAAGUUGAAUUUUCCCUGUAACUUUAUCAAGUGUAAAUGUAAAUAUUCUGCUGUAAAUGUCCAUUUUCUUUCAUAAUUUAAGUGAUCUUUUGGUGUUUUUUUUGUCUUCUAAAUACAGUUUUACUUCUGCAUUAAA